AUGGCGAACGUCAUUCGAGAAGCAGUGUCCAAGGAAAAACGCCGAUACCAACAAUUUGGGUUUGACCUUGAUUUGAGUUAUAUCACACCACGGAUUAUUGCUAUGGGCUUCCCUUCUGAGAAGUUUGAGGCUGCCUAUAGAAACCCAUUGGUUGAUGUCCUCCAGUUCUUCGAAACAUUCCACAAGGGACAUUAUAAGGUCUACAACUUUUGUAGAGAAAAGCCGUACGAUGGAGAGUCGAAAAUCAAAGGCGAGUAUGAGUACUUCCCUUUUGACGAUCACAACGCGCCUGAGUUCAGAAUCAUUCCACAACUCUGUAAGGACGUCGACGAGUAUUUGUCGGCCGACCCACUCAAUGUCAUUGCACUUCACUGCAAAGCUGGUAAGGGUAGAACAGGACUUAUGUCUGCCGCGUUCUUGGUGUAUAUGCUUGACGCUUUAAAUGCACACGAGGCCAUCGAUUUCUACGGUACUGCUCGAACUUUCAAUAAGAAGGGUGUUACUAUCCCAUCGCAACUGAAGUACAUAAACUACUGGAGCGCUUCACUUAAACACAAAUUCACUGUUGGAGAUAGAACGGUCAAGAUGACUAAAAUCGAGAUGAUUCCAACUCCAAAGAUCUCUGAUGAAAUCUUUGUGAAGGUGUCUACCUUCACUGAAUUUGUCUGUGAGAAGUCGCUCACCAACUCCAGAAAAUUGACGUUUAAGCCACUCAAAGAGUCAAAAAUCAAAAUGAAGGAAGAGGAGUACAUGAAGUUGUAUGAUGAGGUGCUUGCGGAGCUCAAAGAGGAGAAUCCAAAUGUGACGACACGCGAGGCGAUGUGUGCUUGGGACUGGAAGAUGCGGUCGAUAGAAGGCGAUGAGAGAUUUGGGACUGAUGGAAGUGCGUUCCCAAUUGAUCCAGUCACGUUACACGGCGAUAUUAAACUUGAGUUUUCAACGUCGAAAGGUGGCAUAUUCAACAUUUGGUUUAACACUUGGUUCAUCCACGACAACCAUCUUGAGUUCUCAAAGAUGGAGUUGGACAAGGGGUUCAAAGACGCUAAACAACUUGCACCCAACUUCAAAGUGAUUUUGAACUUCGAGGACGUCUCCACUGCACCAUCUUUGGAACAAGAGAUCCCAUUCUGCCAAGUUGGAGUUCGUUCCGACAUCCCCGACGAUAUUGUCGAUCCAGAGAAAGUCCCUCCAAUUCCAAAAUCUAUUGCAACAGACCCAGACGUAGACGCACCUAAGGCACUUCUUGCUGAGACUGAAAGUAGUGAGAAUCCUAAAAGAGUCAAAGCCCCUGUGUGGUACCCAAUUUAUCACACGUCGCUCAAUUUCAAGAACUUCAACAGAAUUGUUGAUCACCUCAUUCAAUACCCUUCACAAAGAGAAUUUUUCAAUAUCAACCCAGAGAUGGAAGUUGUCAAGGAAACAACACGAGACCCACUUGAAGUUGCAAGAAGUGUCUUGUACUCGGUCAUUCAGUUGUACUUGAGAUCCGGGUUCUACGGGCGUUGCUUCGACUACCACAUUGAGUUGAUCACAUUAGACAACUUGGCUGGUGUUAAAUUGUUUGAACAACAAGCCUCCGAGCUUGCUGUUGUCGACUUAGAAAAGCUCAAGACUGGGGAGAACGAACCGUUUUGGUUGAACGUCUACCACAUCAUGUUACUCCACGGGUUGAUGUAUUGGAAACAUCGACCAAACGUCGAGUUCAAAGAUAUGAUGAGCAAUUUCAAGAAGUUUGCGUAUAAGAUCGGAGGGUUCUCAUACACUCUGCAUGAUGUGUUGAUGGGAUGCUUGAGAGCCCCGUGGCCUAAAGACUCGUCCAUUGACAAGGUUGUCACUUUUAGUAAUGAAAAGGCGAAGUACGUGAUGAAAGAAGCUGACAAGAACCUUGGGUGUUUACUUUCAUUUGGGACAACUACAUCCCCAGGGAUCUGGUUGUACUCUGUUGAGGACUUUGCACAGCAAAAAGAAAUUGCGGUGAACACUUACUUGAAUCGACAAGCUGCUGCUCUUGGAGCGAAGAAGCAAUUCUAUUUGAUGGGUAAUAUGAAAAUGUUUGCUAAAGAUUAUGGAGGAGAAAGUGCGAUGAAGAAGGAACUUUUACAACGACACGGCGUUACUGACCACGACGUAAAGAAGUGGGACUUGAAGUAUCAAAGCGAAGACACUGAAAACAGAGUCAUUUUAGACCAUUUGAUCGCACAGAACAUUGUAGUCACUCAUGUCCCUGUUAACUUCCUAGGGCAGUGCAGUUUGUUCAGAUAUGAAAAACCAACAGUUAAAGACCCAAAGGCUUGA